GACCAAAAACCCUAUAGAGAGAAACACACACAAUCUUCUUCCGAAUUUCGAAUCAGCUGCUCCCAUGGCCGAAGAAGAAGCAGAGCAAAAGCACACGACGACGACGACGACGACGACGACGACGGUCGUGGAUGAAACAAAGAAGAAGAAGCGGAAGAGAAAUAGGCCUAACAAGAAUUCAGCUGCUGAGGAGGUUGAGCUGCCUCAAAACCAUGAAGAAGAAGAAGCUAACAAAGUCGAGGAGGAGAAUGAAAUGAAGAAACAGAAGAAGAAGAAGAAGAAGGAUAAGAAGGAGAAGAAGUUGAAGAUUGAAGAAGAGAAGGAAGAGGAAGAGGAAGAGGAAGAGAGAGAGAAUGGCGAGGAAUCAAAGGAGGAGGAGAAGAAGAAGAAGGUGAAGAGUGGUGGUGGUGGGAUUAUGAGCUCUGAGUCAUUUGAAUCUCUGGGUCUCUCUGAACCCACCCGCAAUGCUAUUAAGGAUAUAGGAUUUCAACAUAUGACUCAGAUUCAAGCGAGAGCAAUUCCGCCACUCUUGCUUGGUAAAGAUGUUCUUGGAGCUGCAAGGACAGGUUCUGGGAAAACUCUUGCUUUUCUAAUACCAGCUGUCGAGUUGUUACAUCACAUCCGUUUUGCUCCUCGUAAUGGAACCGGAGUCAUCAUUAUUUGCCCAACAAGGGAGCUAGCAAUACAAACCCAUGCUGUGGCAAAAGACCUUCUUAAGUACCAUUCCCAAACUCUUGGUUUGGUUAUUGGUGGUUCAGCUAGAAGAACGGAAGCAGAGCGUAUUGUCAAGGGAGUGAAUUUAUUAGUUGCAACCCCUGGUCGACUGCUUGACCAUCUUCAAAAUACCAAGGGAUUCAUGUAUAAAAGCUUGAAGUGUCUAAUGAUUGAUGAAGCUGACAGGAUACUAGAAUCAAACUUUGAGGAAGAAAUGAAGCAGAUUAUUAAGCUGCUACCAAAGAAUAGGCAAACCGCUUUAUUUUCAGCUACCCAGACUAGGAAGGUUGAGGAUCUGGCACGCUUAUCAUUUCAGACAACUCCUAUCUAUAUUGAUGUUGAUGCCGGGAGAAAUAAGGUCACCAAUGAAGGGCUGCAGCAAGGCUAUUGUGUUGUGCCCAGCGCCAAGAGAUUUAUUCUUUUGUAUUCCUUCUUGAAAAGGAAUAUGUCAAAGAAAGUAAUGGUCUUCUUCUCUUCAUGCAACUCGGUCAAAUUCCAUUCCGAACUACUGAGAUACAUUCAGGUGGACUGCCUUGAUUACCAUGGAAAGCAAAAGCAGCUGAAAAGGACAACUACCUUUUUUAACUUCUGCAAAGCAGAGAAGGGGAUCUUGCUAUGUACUGAUGUUGCUGCUCGUGGGCUUGAUUUUCCUGAUGUGGAUUGGGUUGUGCAGUAUGAUCCCCCUGAUGAUCCCAAGGAAUACGUUCAUAGGGUUGGCCGAACAGCUCGUGGGGAAGGUGCAAUAGGAAAUGCUCUGCUUUUUCUGAUACCUGAAGAGUUGCAAUUUCUUCGCUAUCUAAAGGCAGAAAAAGUCACCGUUAAAGAGUAUGAAUUUGAUCAAAAGAAGUUGGCUAAUGUGCAGUCUCAACUGGAGAAGUUGGUGGGCAGUAACUAUUACUUGAAUCAGUCAGCUAAAGAUGCAUACAGAUCCUACAUAUUAGCAUAUAACUCUCACUCUAUGAAAGACAUCUUUGAUGUUCACCGCCUUGAUCUGCAGGCUGUCGCUGCUUCUUUCUGUUUUUCAAACCCACCAAAGGUGAAUCUGAACAUAGAUAGUGGUGCCUCAAAGUUCAGAAGGAAAAUGCGAAAAGUUGAAGGAGGUAAACAUGGUUUCAGUGAGAGCAACCCUUACGGUAGACAUGGACAUGGAGAUGAUAAACGACAGUUUACAAUGCAUUAGAUAGGCGGGGUCAAUAGGGUGCUGUUGCCUCUGCAAUAGAGGGUUUUUUAUUAUUUAUUUUUAUAAUUAAUUAAAAUUUAUCUAAUUUUUUCUUUUUUAUUAAGAUAGUUUAUGUGAUUCACAAUGUACCGGUGGUCACAAUAUCUUGUGUAUUGACCCUAGUGGUCUCUCGAGCAAAAUUUUGUAUGUGAUACUUCUACAAGAAGAGUAACAAAUGUAACUUAUAUUCCAUGGAAAUGCAGGCUUAAAUGCCCAAAAAUUUUGAAA